GUGAUGUUGUAGCAAGUGACUGCUGUCUGUGGGCGGCUGUGGGAGGCUCCCGAGGUGGGGGGCUGGGCCAGGAUGGCUGCAGCGGCAGCCAGGGCAGGGAGCGGGCCCUGGGCGGCCCAGAAGAAGCAGUUCCCGCCGGCGCUGCUGAGUUUCUUCAUCUACAACCCGCGCUUCUGGCCGCGGGAAGGAGAGAACUCUCAGGGGAUCCAGAACUGCAGCCGGUCCUCGCUGGCCUUUUCCUGCCCAUGUGCCUGGUCACGGUGCUGGGGAACCUGCUCAUCAUCCUGGCCAUCAGCGCUGACUCCCACCUCCACACCCCCAUGUACUUCUUUCUCUCCAACCUGUCCUUGCCUGAAAUCGGUUUCACCUCCACCACGGUCCCCAAGAUGAUUGUGGACAUCCAAUCUCACAGCAGAGUCAUCUCCUCUGCAGGCUUGCCUGACUCAGAUGUCUCUUUGCCAUUUUUGGAGGCACGGAAGAGAGACAUGCUCCUGAGUGUGAUGGCCUAUGACCGGUUUGUAGCCAUCUGUCACCCUCUAUAUCGUUCAGUCAUCAUGAGCCCGUGUUUCUGUGGCUUCCUAGUUUUGUUGUCUUUUUUUUUCUUCUCAGUCUUUUAGACUCCCAGCUGCACCACUUGAUUGCCUUGCUAAUGACCUGCUUCAAGGAUGUGGAAAUUCCGAAUUUCUUCUGUGAUCCUUCUCAACUCCCCCAUCUUGCAUGUUGUGACGCCUUCACCAAUAACAUCAUCAUGUAUUUCCCUGCCGCCAUGUUUGCUUUUCUUCCCAUCUCGGGGACCAUUUUCUCUUACUCUAAAAUUGUUUCCUCAAUUCUGAGGGUUUCGUCGUCAGGUGGGAAAGUAUAAAGCCCUCUCCACCUGUGGGUCUCACCUGUCAGCUGUUUGCUGAGUUUAUGGAACAGGCGUUGGGGGGUACCUCAGUUCAGAUGUGUCAUCUUCCCCCAGAAAGGGUGCAGUGGCCUCAGUGAUGUGCACGGUGGUCACCGCCAUGCUGAACCCUUUCAUCUACAGCCUGAGAAACGGAUAUUAAAGGUGUCCUGCGGCGGCCGUACGGCAGCAGAGUCUAAUCUCAA